AUUUAUAUAAGUUAAGAUGUAUGGAAAGUGGAUAGCAGACGGUAAGGGUCCGGUGUGGCGAAUGAUUACUAUUUGAGCUCUUCCCUCUCACAAACUCAGAAAACAAGUCCAAUGAGCAAUUUCCAGAGAAUAUCACACGAAUCCCACCCUCCCCCAGGGUACGGAUCUCCUUACCCUCCACCCCAACCGGGUUACCCAUCCGCACCGCCUCAUGAAGGGUACCCUCCGCCGCCGCCGCCUCACGGAUACGGUGGGUACCCUCCGCCGCAGCCGCCGCAGCGUCCGCCGUACGACUCCUAUCAGGGUUACUUCGAUAACGGGCAUCCACCGCCGCCUCCGCCGCCGCACUACCACUACCAGCACGUGGAUCACCAUCACCACCAUGAGGAGCCUGGGUGCUUUUCGUUCCUCCGAGGCUGCAUCGCAGCGCUUUGCUGUUGUUGUGUGCUAGAGGAGUGUUGCUUCUGAUAAUCACAUCGUAAAAGUUGUUUCUUCAGUUUGCUGCACUUGGUUAUGGCUCUAUAGAGAAAUGUGGCUACAAUUCUAGAUAAUAAGUGAGAGGUGGUAAGUCUUGGUCAUUCUUGUAACUCUUUGGUCUUUCCCCUCUACCCUAAAUCCUGGUCUGUGCAUAGCUUCUGUGAUGUGGUCUAUAUCAUAUAUGAAUUACUUUGUACGAACACUAUAUUGGAAAGUGUAAACCGUUUCUUAUAAGGUGUAACAGACAAUGAUAUGGUUAAAAUUGUUUCAUAUUACUCGUCUUCAGUACACAUCA